AGUUUAUGUACCAAGACAAAUUGAGAAACACUGAGUGGAUACACGGAGCAAACUCGUCGAAAAAGACUAUAAACAGCCCCGAGUAAAUCCUCAAAUCACAACAUGGAAUUUCAACGAUUUUUCCAUCUUUCCUGCAUGCUGACUUGGAUAUUUGUAUUUUUCCUCCCUUCUGUAUGCCGGAGAAUGGCGGCACCAAAGAUAUCCCUGAAUACCACAGUCUUUGUGGCCCUUGUAGGUGAAAGUCUCACUAUUGGAUGUGUGGUGAUGAAACCAGCAAACCAAAGUACAGACAAACUGAACUGCUGGGAUCCCCAUGACAAACUGAUAUAUACCGUAGAAUUCCCUGCCACGGCUGGCCAGAAACAAAAACAUGAACUGCAACUGAAGCUGCAAAACCUGGCCAUUUCAGGAGAAUACAUGUGCGAGUAUGACAGAGUCCAGGUGUACUGGUUUAUUCAAGUGAGAGGAAAUGGGUACAUGGAGCCCCAAAAGCAUUACACAGAACUCAUCAUAUUGGCCAUCUUCACUGCUGUGCUGCUGGUUUUCAGCGUGGUCGGGUCAGUGUAUGUCUUCAGAGGACAUUGGAAAGAGCAGAUAACAGAAUGUGGCAAAGCGGGCACAAAACAAAAGCAGAACGUAGAAGAAAGGAAGGCAGGAGGAGAAGGAGAGAUGGAGGAAGACAACGUAGAUGUAAUAACAUCUCCGUCUACGUCUUUCUAUGCUGCUCUAGAGCCUCGACCCAGGUCCAUUUAUGAUGUGCUGGACCGCUCAGCUGCCAACAGAGAGCCAGACCAAGGGGAACAAAAACCGAAGAAUGAACCCCAAAAAACAACAGAGCAAAUCCCACAACACCAGGAUGAAGGCGUAUUUGAGUCUGUCUAUGAGAACUUUUGAUUCAAAAAUAAACGUGCUUCACCAGACUGCAAUGCUAACUGUAUAUCGGUAGCUGAGAUCAUCUCCCUUUGCUUUGCUGUCAUUCUCACCAGAUUCUAGCGGUAGAAAAGGUAUUUAGAUUCUUUAAAAUUCAAGUAAAAACCAAAAUGUAAAAAAUACUCUAUUACAUGUAUUUUUGAAGUAAAGAUACAAAAAAUACAAAAACGCGUAAAAGAAAAAGUACUCAGUAUGCAAGGAGAAUGGCUUCUAUCACUGUUACAUUAUUAUGAUUCAUACUGUUGGAUUAUUAUUAUGAAUGAAUUUUCAUGUAAGCAGCAUUACAAUGUUGCACCUUGUUGCAGUUGAGCUAAUUCAGUUGUACUUGUUACUGUUGGGAGGUUUAAUUUACUGUAUGACGAUGCAUUAUAGCUUUUUAAAGUCCGAAUCUGUAAAAGCAACCUGCAACUAUGGCUGUCAAAUAAAUGUAGUGCUGUGAAAUGUGCAUUUAAAUGAAAAAGUACACCAUUUUUUUCUGAAAUGUAAUGGAGUAGAAGUGUCAAGUAGCAUAAGUGAAGUACUUCAGCAUUGUACUUAAGUACAGCAUUUGACCAAAUGUACUUAGAUAAUUUGUACUGCCUGUUUCCGACUACAGACAUUAAAAA